UACGCCCGCAGCUCACACACCACUCUACCUCCUCCGUUCACGUUUACGACCCUUCUACGUUUCCCAAUCGACAUACACACAAGAUGGUGAAAGGCUCAGACGUCCUUCUCAUCCUCGUGCGUCUCGUUCUCCCAAAGACGGUCAUUUUUGAGAUAAACCGCCUCGCAGGUUGCCAUCCUCUUCCCUCCCGCGGCCGCUGCUUUCAUCACAGGCUGCAGCUGCGACCUCCUUAUCAACAUCCUCCUCACGAUCUUCGGAUACAUUCCUGGACACAUUCAUGCCUUCUGGCUCAUCUACAAGAAGAUGAAGGCCGAGGAACGUUACGGACAUGGUGGCUUCCGCUACGUAGGGAACGGUACCUACGAGCCCAUCAACGCUGGCGGAGUGCAGCAGCCGUACUAUGGCGCAACUUCCAAUUAAAGAGUAGAUUCCUGAGAAGCUAGUCAUACCAAUCUUUCUGGACAUUUUUGUGCACCUAUCUGAAGAGAAUAUACUUUGAAAUUCUAUCUUGUUUCGGGUACCAGUGUGACCUAUAAGGUGGGGCAUUGGCGAUCAUGCUCUACUUAUGACGCUACUGUGGGGCUACGAUCAGUUAAUCAUUGAUUUGUUCUCG